AAAAGUAAUAUAGAACAAGACUUAAAUUUUAAAUGUGGGUCAUGGAAAGAAUCCAAAGACGCAGCUAGGAAUAGCGAAAGACGGUAACUGUCACAGCAAAAACCACUUCAAAGAUGGCAAUACUGACGAGUAACGCGGAGGAUCAGGUUAAAUGUUAUACUUGACUUACAUCGAAGUCAUAGCAAUUAAUGGAAAAUUACAAAUGCGAGGUUCUUUCGAUACUGGUGUGGAUUAAACAGAUGAAAACUUAAAAAUUUAUUAAACAAGUCAGGGUUUUAUUAAACUUGUGCUCAAAGUUUUUAGCUCGCCUCUUAUUUGUGGCGAAGGAAGCAAAUGAAGGAUCUUGUUCCAAAAUCACUGGCUAUCUGGCUUUUUAACGUACCUUUCACUUAUGUGUAAGUUAUACAGAUUAAAACAACUGUCGCCAUGGAACAAUUAACUAAUUUAAAAAAAAAAAUCCCCAAUAUUUUCAUGAGCACAGCAAGAGUGCAAACCAAUAAAAUUACUUUUCAGAAAAUUCCAUAAAAAAGGUGAAAUCGAUACGCUAUGCUACUUAAGCUACAUAUUUAAAAAGGUUGCCCAGUCUUAGGAAAGAAGUGGCAGAAUAACAAUUGGUUUAAGUUUACCGGUUUUAAAGAUUGAAGUGGCUGAAGUUUUUACAGAUGAACUUAAAUGUCAUGGAUACAAACGGAUGAAUUUAUGUCGGCCAAGUACAGACUAAAUAAUUAAACAGAGAAAAAAACUGAAAAAUUAAAAUCAGAAGCUUAUAAGCCUUUUGAAGGCCUGUGACAAAAAUGAAAAAAAUUUAGUAUGGAACUCAAGACCAGUUUUAUAAUAUAGUAAAUACAAAUACAAACCUUUAGGGCUAGGCUGAAGACAUUUUUAUGGCAAAAGUACUUUCCAAUAAUUAGGUACCUUGAUAGAUAAAUCAGUUGUACCUAAAUCAAAUGACGGAGUUUUGGAAUAGCAAUCACAAAUAUUAAAUAAAAAAGUCUCUAUUCCAUUCUUUUCCCCUUUUCGUUUCCCACGAAGCAGUGCUAGCUGUUGCAAAACUCCGCCGAAGCAACACCUUUUUAUAUUGAUUUGCAAUGAAAAUAGAAUAGCAAUGGAAUUAUAAAUCUAAAACUACAGCACUUCUAUUAAAAAAGAAUCUAUCUUAUGCGGAACGAUAACAAAAUUUGGCGUGGAAAGGUUUAGGACACAAAACCCAGAUACAGUUAAAUUACAAAAUUUUAUGUAAGACAACUUGAACAAACACCAUUACAGUUAAAACAAUAUUCAGUGACCAUUAUUAAAGUCAGGUAUAAAUUAUUGGAGUAAAUUCCUUCAAGACGGGUUUGUAUAUCUGAGGUGCAUGCUUGACCGGAGGUUUCUUUUUCACAGUUUUGAGAAGUUCCCGGCGGCGAAUAUUCUUUCGCUGUCUUCUAGAUCGCUUAAUUUGAUCAGAAUCUGCCGACUGGUUAACUUCACUGGACUCUGGAUUUUCUGCAGACAUAUUGGAGCUGCUUUUUGUAUCGAUAUUGUCCUCGGAAUCAGAUGUUGUAACAGGCAUAUUGUCUGGUACUUCUCUCAACAAUAACUGUCAAAAGAUUCAUUACGCUGCGUUUCUUUGAAAGAGUUCUGGACGAGUCUAUUGUUAUCAGGAAAUGUUUGGUGUUGUACAGAUAUGAAUUACAUUCUUCUAGAUUUAUGCAGUCCGCUAGUAUUUGUUUGGCUGCCGAACAUCUGUUUCAAGGAAACCUUGCCAUAUAAUAUAUCAUGGACCUUCGAAAUUUGCUCUCUUGGUUUGCAUUGUGUUUUUGUUUCUCAAGAGCAAAACGUUAUGAAAUUAUCCAAAGUGAAAAUGUUGUACUUGGAAGAGAUGUCACCCUCUCUAUAAACAUUCCAAACAUGAUGAGACCCUUGGGGUGGAAAUGUAAAACAGCUAAAUACGAAUGUGACUUGACAUGCGCUGAAGACAAAAAUAUAAAAGUUACGCAUAAUGGAAAUAUGUCCACUAUUUUCAUCCGAAAUGUGACUAAGCAAUGUUUGACUUGGGACUUCGAGGACAAUAACGUCAACGGUGGAAGAAUUCAUUUGGAGAGAAACAAUGAAGAACCAACAACAGUUUUCGAAGCUAAUGGAUCAGGAACCAGCAUACCCAUAGUCAUUCUUUCCAUACUCGAAUUUGUAGCCAUCCUUUUCAUAAUCUUUGUCAUAUAGCAUCAUUACAUUCGAAUACCCAUCUAUCACUGUGUCAUCCAGUGGAUAUCUCAUGAGAAAUACCAGAAUCCACCAGUUAUGGUAUAAGAAUGCUAUGUUUUGGGAUUUUUUUCUUGUUUUUCUUAGAGAAAUAUUGAAUAAAUUUUUUUAAAUUAUAUAUAACCAGCAUACCCAUCUAUCCCAUAGUAAUCCCUUCCAUACUUGGCCUUGUAGUCAUCCUUUUCAUAACCUUCUUUGUCAGUUUGAUCAAAACUUGUGUUAACCACAAUCCACUGGAUGUAGUAUAAGAAUGUUACCUUUCUCUUAAAAUAUUUGUUGUGAAUAAUAAAUGAUCAGUUUUCACAAUUUAGUGCAAAUGA